CUAGCAUGGGCCGACAAAUAUUUACUUAUUUAUAUGCUUUAGCUUUUUUACAGCUUGUCGACAUGGCCCAGAAUACGAGAGAAACAAAGAUUAAGGAGUAUUAUGAUGUUGCUGUAGAUCUGGUUACGAAAUGUGGACCCAUAUUUAUGGAGGGCUACAAUAAAAGCAAAAAGGAGGUCAUGGUGAAAGAAUCCUUCUUCGACUUUGUCACCGUAUACGAUCAGCAAAUUGAAGAAAAGCUAACCGAGAACCUGCUGAAAGCCUUCCCAGAAUCCGUUUUUAUAGGCGAGGAAACAUUGGCGGGCAAAAAGAAGCUGCCAGAGCUGACGGAUGAGCCCACAUGGAUCAUAGAUCCCAUCGAUGGCACCACCAACUACAUACACCGCCUGCCGCAUUGCGGCAUUUCAGUAGCAUUAGCCAUUGAUAAGGAGCUGGUGAUAGGCAUUAUCUAUAAUCCCGUAGACAACGAGCUAUACUCGACGAGGAAAGGUCAUGGCGCUUUUCUAAAUGGUGAACCUAUUCAAGUGACCGGUGCAACAGAGAUGUCUAGUGCAGUGGUUGGACUUGAAAUUACUUUGGUCAAUGUGCCUCAAUUGCGUGAUCGGUGUCUGAAACGUGCUUACAAACUGGGCUCUGGGGCUGCUGGCACGCGAUGCUUGGCCAGCGCAGCAUUGUCUCUGGCGUAUGUGGCAAAGGGCACAUUGGAUGUCUAUCACGUGGACUAUCUAAAGCCUUGGGAUGUAGCUGCUGGCGUUUUGCUUGUACGUGAAGCUGGCGGCGUGGUAUAUAACACGAAUGGCAGUGCAUUCAAUAUAAUGAAACCAAAUCUUGUGGCUGCCGGCACAGAGUCGCUUGCCCAGGCGGCAAUUCAACUGAUCGAGCAGGCGGAUCAUAUCAAGGACUACAAAUUCACAUAGUUAAGAAAGUUAUAUAGUGCACUUACGUUGGGCGGCAUGCCGUGCGUUUGAUAGCCAAGUGGAGACAUAUUCGGUCCAGUUGGUGGCAUUUGCAUGCCCAUAUGAGGUGCUGAAAAUAAUUGUAAACAGUUAUUAAAUGUCUCAACAGAA